AUGGCGCAACUGCUAAGUGGUGGUUACCGCUUACCAGAGCCAAAUGUCUGCCCAGAGUUUGAGUUGGCCUUGGUGGGACAUCAGCAGCCAUGUGUUCAAGCCUUCAGUCGCACUGUCAAGAUGUGGAAACAAGGUUGCAAGGGGCGGAGGUGGUGUGUGAGCUAUGAGAGAAGGUCUGGGUACUACACAGUUUAUAAGCAGGUAUACAGAAUGGAGCAUCAGACAGUCUACAAAUGCUGCCCUGGAUGGGUCCAACAAGGCAAUGAACCUGGCUGUUUGCACUUGCUGUGCACUGUUGGCACUUGCUUCAAUGGAGGAAAAUGCUUGGGAACAGGAUCUCAGAUGUGUCAAUGUCCUGCAGGAUUUCAGGGUCCUCGUUGCCAGUAUGAUGUGAACGAGUGCGCUGCUGAGAAUGGUGGCUGUCACGACCAGUGCUGUAAUACUAUUGGCAGCUACUACUGCAAAUGCCCACCUGGCCAGAAACUGGAGGAAGAUGGAAAAUCAUGUGGAGAUGUUGACGAGUGUGCAGCAGUGAACGGAGGCUGCCAGCAGGGCUGUGUGAACACCCAGGGCUCCUUUUAUUGCAAGUGCAGCAUGGGAUACAAGCUCCAUGCUGAUGGGCGCACUUGCAUAACGAUAGACCCCUGCGCAAGUGGGAAUGGUGGAUGCUCACAGAUCUGUCAAAAUGAGAGAGGAGUUGCAAAAUGCAAGUGCCAUCCAGGGCAUUAUCUUUCUGCAGACAGAAAGUCCUGUUUAGACAUUGAUGAGUGUGCAGAAGGGAGAGCCAGGUGCGCUCAUCGUUGUGUGAACGCUCCAGGAUCCUUCACCUGCGCCUGUAAUCCCGGCUUUGAGCUAGGGGCUGAUGGAAAGCAGUGCUACCGCAUCGAAAUGGAGAUUGUUGAUAGCUGCCAGAACAACAACGGUGGUUGCUCUCAUCACUGUGUGCACACGACCGCCGGGCCUCGCUGCUCCUGCAGUGACGGCUAUCUCCUUGCUCUGGAUGGCAAAACGUGCACAGAGCGGGAUGAGUGCGCGAGCGGCGAGGCCUGCUGCUCCCAGUUCUGCAUCAACUACGUGGGCAGCUACGAGUGCGCCUGCAAAGCGGGCUUCCAGCUGAACGCCGAUGGCUGCCGCUGCGAUGAUGUGGAUGAAUGUCGUCUUGAUAACGGCCACUGCGACCAUUUCUGUGUUAAUUCUCUGGGAUCGUAUGAAUGUGCCUGCAAGGAGGGCUACGGGCUUGGUCUUAACAGACAGUCCUGCAUUGCGGCAGGCAGCGCCGAGGUGGAGGUGGACGUGGGCUUCGUGGCGAUUCCCGGUCUGCAGUUGAGGCACCCGCCCCAGCUCCUUCACUACGCGGUCGCACUCGACCCCUUCUCCGAGGAUGAAGGCAGGCGAGGAGAGCUCACGCUGGUGCGCAGAGUUGUUUGUCUUGAUAACACUUUUGGCAACGACUGUAGCUUGAGCUGUGAGGAUUGUAUGAACGGAGGCAGAUGCAACACUGAAAACAGUGGCUGUAUUUGCUCACCUGGGUGGAAUGGUAUUAUCUGUAAUGAAACUUGCUCCCCCGGGACAUACGGGAAAGGCUGUGCCAGCAUUUGUAAGUGUCAGAACGGAGGCUCCUGUGACCCCGUAACAGGGCAAUGCCACUGCCCGCCAGGAAUUCACGGAAAAUUGUGCGAGGAUGGCUGCCCGAGAGGAUUCUUCGGGAAGAACUGCAACAAGCGGUGCAGCUGCGCCAGCGCCGGCCACUGCCACCGCCUCUACGGAGCCUGCUUGUGCGACCCCGGCUUGUACGGGCGUUUCUGCCACCUUACGUGUCCCAGGUGGGCCUUUGGAGCUGGCUGUUCAGAGGAAUGCCAGUGCGUGAAAGCGAACACGCUGGAGUGCGAUGCAAGGAGCGGUGCUUGCGCCUGCAAACCCGGUUAUCAAGGCAAAAAGUGUCAGAAAGAGUGCAUGCCUGGCUUCUACGGAGCUGGUUGCAAACUGCGGUGCAUCUGUCCUCCCGAUGGUUUAUGUGAUCGUGAGACGGGAGUCUGCAAGCAUCCAUGCCCACCCGGUUUUCAUGGAGAAAAAUGCCUUUUAUCUUGUGACCCUGGGAGGUUUGGUGUGAACUGCAGCCAGAACUGCAGCUGUGGAGAAGCACCGUGCAAUUCAAAGACUGGACAGUGUAUUUGCCCAGCUGGGAAAACUGGCACUACAUGUGACCAAGAUUGCCCUGAUGGUUGGUGGGGUUUAGACUGCCAGUCCUCCUGUGAGCCCUGUGCAAAUGGAGAGCAGUGUAACAAGGAAACUGGAGCCUGUGACUGCCCCCCUGGUUACACUGGAGAAUCCUGCUCAUCCACCUGCCCUGCUGGUUACUAUGGACAGAAUUGCCUGCUGAUAUGCAGCUGUAGCAGCAAUGCUCAGUGUCACCAUGUUACUGGAGAAUGCAAGUGUCUCCCUGGCUGGACCGACCGUGACUGCAGACACCCUUGUGAUAGUGGCCACUGGGGACAAGGCUGUGAAAACACAUGUGUCUGCAACAACACUGAUGGGAGCUGCGAUCCUGUCACUGGAUCUUGUUUCUGUGCGCCCGGAUACACUGGGAAACACUGUGAACGGAGCUGCCCCGAGGGAACCUUUGGCCCGGGCUGUGAGCAGAGCUGUCAGUGCCAGAACGGGGCUGCGUGCGACCAUGUGAGCGGAGCCUGUACUUGUGCGGCUGGCUGGACGGGGACGUUUUGUGGGAAAGCUUGUCCAGAUGGAUUUUUUGGACUUGACUGCCACCAGGUGUGCAACUGCAAGAAUGCGGCAAGCUGCGACCACGUCGUAGGAGCAUGCCACUGCCUCCCCGGCUGGGUGGGAGAAAAGUGCGACCAGCCCUGCCAGGGUGACAGUUAUGGGAAAGGCUGCAGUCACGCUUGUAAUUGUCACAACGGAGCACUCUGUGAUCAUGUAACUGGGACGUGUAUUUGUGCAGCGGGAUGGAGAGGAGCCACCUGCCAAGAAGUGUGCCCUCCUGGUUUGUUUGGUGUGAACUGUUUACAGCCCUGCAUCUGCCAGAGCCAGGCUACGUGCGACCGUGUGACGGGCAAGUGUCUGUGUCCCGAGGGUCGGACUGGGAUAGCCUGUGAGCUGGAGUGUGAGGAGGGGAGAUAUGGAGACAGCUGUGAGCAGAACUGUAGCUGUCACCACGGAGCCUGUGACGGGCUUUCAGGGAAAUGUAUCUGCCACUCAGGCUGGACUGGGGACCACUGUGAUGUUGUCUGCCCCUCUGGAUUUUUUGGGAAGCAGUGUGAGGAACGGUGUGACUGUGUGCACAGCUUGUCCUGCAACCAUCAGACUGGAGCAUGUCACUGUGAAAAGGGAUGGCGAGGGAGGCAGUGUGACAAACCUUGCUUGCCAGGCUACUAUGGCCUGAGCUGUGCCCAGCGGUGCGCUUGUCCUGCGGGUGCCCCCUGUCAUCACGUAACUGGAGCGUGCGGAUGUCCGCGAGGAUUUACUGGCUACGGCUGUGAAAAGACUUGUCCACCGCGCACGUACGGUAGGAGCUGUAACCGAGUAUGUCAGUGCUCUGCAGAGAAUGAGCAGUGUCACCCGGUGACGGGCAAAUGCUCCUGCCUCCCGGGGCGCCACGGGGCCCGGUGUGACCGCAGGUGUCCAGAAGGUACUUACGGUUCAUACUGCCAAAAAUCCUGUAAAUGCACGAAUGGAGGCCACUGCGACCCUGUGACGGGAACUUGUGAUUGCGCGCCUGGUUUCAUUGGAGCUGACUGUAGCAAAACUUGCCCUGAAAAUCGAUAUGGGAAGGACUGCGCCCUGUUCUGUUCAUGUGGUAGAGGUCAGUGUGACCCACGGACUGGCAAGUGCACAUGUCCUCCUGGCCAAACGGGAGCUGGCUGUCAGCAAGUGUGUCCCCAGGGACAAUAUGGCCCCAACUGCCAGUUGACAUGUACCUGUCAGAACGGUGGUGUCUGUGAUCAAGUGAAUGGGACCUGUACUUGUGGCCUUGGCUGGACUGGAAGCUCUUGUGAGAAAGCAGAAUGCCUCCCGGGUAAAUACGGACCUGACUGCCGCUUGGCCUGCCCGUGUCAGAACAACGGCACUUGCGACAGGUUCACGGGCUGCUGCCAGUGUCCCGAAGGUUAUUAUGGCCACGCUUGCGAGCACAGGUGCCCCUUUGGAUUUUAUGGGCUAAGCUGUCUUCAUGCAUGUGCCUGUAAAAAUGGAGCUAGCUGCAAUGCAGUGACAGGACAGUGUAUUUGUCCUUUAGGUUAUCAAGGUGUCUACUGUGAAAAAGGCUGUGAUGCUGGGUGGUUUGGCGAGAGGUGUCAGCUUCGGUGUGACUGUGGAGGAGUUCCUUGUGAUCCAGUAACUGGAAAGUGCCUUUGCCCGCCUGGGAAGACUGGAGACAAAUGCAACAUUGAAUGCAGGUGGGACCGGUACGGCCCGGACUGCUCUCUGCGUUGCCAGUGUGCCAACAAAUCCCAGUGCAAUCCUUACAAUGGGAACUGCAUAUGCCCAGCCACAUGGAUGGGGCCAACCUGCAAAGAAGGUGGCCCUCCAAAGCUUCCUUUUUAUGAAGAGCAAACCCAAGAAAGAGAGAAUAUUUUUCCAAGAGCUCUGCAACAGUAACAUUUGGAUUAAUAAAUGAACUGUUUUAUAUGCACAGACGGUAUUUGAAUUUGGAUAUGAAAAUGGCUAUCCAAUUCAGCUUGAAUUGUACUGAAGUAUUCACACUUCUUAUGGAAGACUACAGAGGCCAUUUUGUAGCUGGAUCCUUUUAGAAAGUCGAAUCUGUUUUAUGUAUUUAUUCCUAUUCUCUUACCCCUCAAUUAAUCUGAAUUGGACAUUCUCUCUGAUUUAUAAUACAAUUCAUUGUUUGAAAGCUUGGACACAUUUUUAGUAAAACCAGCUCCAAAGUAUCAGGAUAAACAGUAUGGAACGUAUCAACUUAGAGUGAGUCGCUUGCACCAAGUUUAAGUGACUGUCUAAACCCACUUGACAACCAGACUGAAGUUAAAUGAGAAGUUUUUCAUAGAUCAUGAAGCUGAUACAGAUCUACUGCAAAAUCCCUGAGUUAAUUCCUCUUUGAAUAGCAUCAUAUGUUAAAGAAAAAUGUCCAGUCUAAUUUUAAAAUUGUCAUUGAUGAAGAUUUCUCUACAGUCCUCAUUCAGUUGUUAAUUAAUCUAUGUUCCACAUUUCUUGCACGAAUUUCACAGACAGGAAGGUGUCAGUUUAUAUCUCGUUUACAUCUGAGUCUGUCUUCCAAAAAUUAGGAUGCUAUCUAUCAGGCUUGUCUGGCUUUCUGCAUUCUUCUGUCUUCUGACUGUUGAGAAACUUGAGUUUCUCAGUGGUUUGUCAGGUCAAACUAUGCUGCAGUUCUCACAAAACAGUAUCUUCUAACACAGAAAAGAGCUUUAUCUUGGAUGGAGAAUGGAGAUAGCAAGCAGGAUCAACGAUUUUCACGUAGUUUAGAUUCUUGUGUAUUCUUUAUGCAAUGGAACGUAAUGUGCUUUUACUACACAAUAAUUUGAUGAAGACAGCUUUAAAAAGUCCUGAUACCCUUCGACAUCUGCUGUUGGUCAGUUAAUACAACGAAGAUAUUUUGGUGCUAUUUUGUCUAUUUUAACAGGUUGUUCUUUAAUAUAGGACAAAGCCAUUUUAAAGAAAUAAUGCAUUCUGUUUUAAUAUCCUGAUUCUGUGGUGCAACUUUAUACCUCUCUUUAAGUCUAUUAGAAGUUACAAAACCUAUGCAGUAACGUCUUCAAUCCGACUAGAUAAAAAGUGCACUUACAAAAGAUAGCAGGAUCAUGGGCUCUUUAGAUACUCUAGUACAAGCAGUUGCAGUCUUUUAUUCAAUCUGCCAUCAAUAUAGCACAAUAAAUUACCUCUCUGCAAGAAAAGAUUUUCCUCUUAGAAGAGACAAAGUUGCAAUAAUUGAUGCUAACUUGCAAUUUUUUUAAAAAUGUUUGUUAUUAUUGCAGUUGUGUAAUGAGUAGAUGAAAUAAGAGUUACCCCAAGGUUCACCUCAGGUCUUAAAUAAAUCUGCAGUCAUUAAGUGUCCAGUAAGAAAUAAGUGACUUCUGCUCACCUGGAACUUGAAUUCAAACUGUGAUUGUUUGGAAGCAAAACAAGUUUGUUACAUAUUUUUCAAGCUUAAGGGAAGGCUUAUUGUUGUUAUUCUUUAUUUCAUGGGUGUUAAAAGUCAUUCUCAACAUGGUAAAGAUAUUUGCGCCUGUGACCGUAUUAAUUAACCAGCUGUGCUUUCAGACGGAAAAUCACAGGUACUGAUUCUGAUCCCUUGUCAUUUCUUCUUUGUAGCUCUAUGAAUAUUAGCAGAAAAUUUACUUGAUGUAAAUGUGUCAAAAUUAUCAUUUUCACCCAACUAGUCGGAAUCGUGUGGUUCUCAGUAGGCCUGUUCUGUCAGCUGUGACAUUUUAAACGUGCCUUCGGAAAUGUGCUGGCCUGGGUCUGAGCUCACAACUGUGUAAAUCAGGAGUCAUUUCACUUAAGUGAAUUGGAGCUAAUAAGGUAAAUCUUGUCUGAGAGGACAAUUAGAUAUCAUGCCGUUAACUGCUGGAAGAAAAACAUCUGAGUCAAGCAACUGACUUCUUUUGAGCUCACCAAUGUAUUUACCACUCACUUGCCAAAGAGCCAAACUACAAUGGUAAUACAAGCAUUGUGUUGUAUUCACUGUUUUUCAUAGAAUAAUAUAGGUUAGAAGAAGUCUCUGGAGAUCCAGUCCAGGCUCCUUGUCAAAGCAUGGUCAGCCUCAAAGCAAAAUGGGGUCACUCAGAGAUUCAUCCAGUUGAGUUUUAAAUAUCUCCAGAGGUGGAGAUUCCACAACCUCUUUGGGCCCUCCCCCUAGUAUUGACCACCCUCAUGAAUUUUUUUUUCUUACUAUUGAACCAGAAUUUCUUAUGUUGCAACUUUUGUCUGCUGCCUCUCAUCCUUUCAGUGUGCCCUUCUGAGAAGAGUUUGUCACUCUUCAUUUCAUUCACUUCAUGAUCUCUGAGAAGAGGGCUUCAUCUUGUGUUCAGUCACCAUGGAGUAAUUGAAGACAGCAACAAUACCUCUCCUUAGCCUUGUCUUCUUCAGACUGAACAGCCCCUGCUCUCUCAGCCCCUCCUGAACAACGUGUCCUCCAGCUGCUGAUAGUCUUGGUGAUCCUCUGCUGGACUCAUUCCAGCACAUCCAAAAUGUUAGCUUAGGGAGAGAUGCCUGAUGUCAAUGGGCCCAGCAUCUGGUACGUUUACACAGCCGCUAACGCAUAAAGAGCAAGAACAUCUUGCUCUUUGGCAGCAGUAUACAAAAUAGCCUGGUUUUCUUAUCUAGGUGUACUGAAAUGGGAUUAGAGCAGCUGAUCGAGAGUCCUUUCUGAUGCCAUAUUCUUUACACCUGAAGCCAUAUUCUUUUCACCUGUGUAUACUUGUUUACAUUUUCUGCAGUGCCUUAAUAUUAGAAUUGUAAAUAUGUACUAUAAAGGAAAUAACAUAUUUUGUAUUAAGUAUUUUUAAAGAAUUUCUCAGUUCUAGAUGCAUGAUGAAACAUGUAUUACAAGUGACUGAUAUCAAGUUUGUGCCAAUGAAUUAAAGACCUGAUCUGCCUGGGAAAUAUUUCAGCAAACAUUUUUUUAAAAUUAGAAAAUGCUAAUUCCUACAAAACUAUUUACAUGCAAUAAUCUUUUUUAUUAAUUCCUCCUUCAAAAUACUUCGUAGUUUCUUACGUUAUUUGCCUUGGGAAAAAAAGUUCACUUCAGUGCUGUUAAACACAUCAUUCUGAUCUGGAGCUCAGUAUAACUUUCUGUUCCAAAACAUAGAAUAAAUCAUAAAAAGGUAAAAAUCAAAACUAAAUAUUACAAAACAUUAAAAGAAGACUUUUAUGUCUUUUUUUGGAUCCGUAGAUCUUCAGAUUUUCACUUUUUCAUAAUUGAAGGCAUGGAGAGCGGUCACUUGAUGUCGUUUUCUAGAUGAAGAGCCAAAUGUUACAUCAUUAUCUAUUAAUAAAGGAAGUUUACUGGCUUAUAAUAGCAUUAAUAUCUUCUGAUGCUGCUUCUUUUGCAGAUCAAAUAAUUUACAUGACUGUGUUCCUACAAAAUAUCCUUUAUUAAACUGCAUGGAAUUUUCCUUAGACUCAUUUUGUGACAAGUGAGUUUUAUUACUCUGUUUGGUUCAUGAGCUCCUGGUCAAAGACUGUCAGGGCCACAUAUAGCACCAAAGCUUGUUGAAAAUGAAAGUGAAAACUUCAGUGAAUGUUGUAUUUAAAUUUAUGUGCAUCUUCCACUUGGUGGAUGCCCUUCUUGGCUAUCUGUUUCCCAAAAGACCAAAAUUAAUUAAGCCUCCUUAAAAAGAGCACUUUUUGUAUUCCAGUAUAACACACUUGCACACUCACAGAGCUUCUUUCAGAAGAAUAUUUAAAUUAUUUAGAACAUACAAUCUGUGCCAAAUUCCACUGUCUUACCUUGCUGUAUAUUCCAGAUAACUUCAGUUUAAGAAGAAUGGAAAUGAGUGUAACUCAGAGGAUCCAGUGGAAUUUUAUUCAAUGUGAAUUCAUGAAACCAGAACAACAUGUUUUAAGUUAGACUUCAGUAUUUAUAAUGCUAUCCUCAUAGGAAAACAAUCAGAAUUUUAAAAAUUCCCUGCUUAUGCUGCCAAAAAUUAUUAUUCUGCUUUUAUCCUUUUUAUGUUGAAGAACCAUUGCUAUUAAAGUUUGCCCAGAUUUCUUGCCAACCAUAUUAUUUUGAUUGGCUGCAGCUUUCUGUUUGUGUAAGUAAUAACCAUCACAGUAUCAGAAGUUGCCAAGGGGACAAACAUGGAAAUUAUACCUUUGUGUCCUUUCCAGAGGAGCCAGAGACACAUUUUGGAGCCGUGGUGGCUUCAUACUGUUGAUCUAACGAUGACAAAUAACGGCGUUGCUGUUAGAGCUUAGUUUUUUAUCAGAGCAGAGAAAAGCUCAGGAAGAGUUCUGGAGGGAAUUGGUGCACCAGGAAACCUCAAUCCUCCCACCCUCGUGUAAAUUUUUUUUACAGCUAGGCCGGAAACCCUUUCAGACCCCAGACCGUGGAAGAGGUUUCAUGCACGGACGGUGACCUGCAGCUGACUGCAGCAGCUCCCCGCGUGAGCGACGGUUGUGCCCGGUCAAUCUUUUGCAGGGUCAAAGCUUUAAAUUCUAGCACAGUAAAGCAAUUUCCAGAGGUAAACAAAGCACUUCAGACUGGUAGCACAUAAAUUGUUUAUUCUGCUUCUUUAAUCACUUUUAAUAAGCAUUUGCAUAGCAAUAGUGUGUCUUAGUGAAUUUAUAACCCUUGUUCGAAGGAUAUGGGGAGGGGUGUAUCUCAAAGCUGUAUUGUACUUUCUGUUGUACACGUGUAAUAGUGAAAGGAAGCCAAUUUUUUAUAAACAUGUAAUUAAAACUUA